GCUGUAUAAAAGCCAGCCCCGUCUGGAAAAAUGGCCAAAGCGGAGUCAGCUCAGAUCCAGCAGGAUUUCCUGGGCCCUGAUCAAGAAAACCUCUACAGGGAAGUGAUGCAAGAGAGUUACAACACCAUCUUCAUGGCCUCCCCACUUCAGCUCCAAGGAUCUGAACUGCUAGCUCACCUGGAACGAACACAAGAGGCCUGGGUCCCAGAUAUCCAGUGCUCUGGCAAUGAUGCUACUGAAGGGCUGGUUAACCAAGCACUGAAACAAUGGCCAGAGACAAGGAAUUGGUGGAAUUCCUACCGGAGUCCCAUAAGCGUGCCCACUUCCGAUUCAUCUAGUUCAGAUGAUGAAUCAAGAAGUGAGAAAGAAGAGGAAGGGAAUGUUCAAAUCAAAGGUCACAGGGUCAUAAAGCCACGUGCAGCUCUGCUAGGUAAAUGUGACGGCAAUCAUUGGAAGGGAGAACCCUGUGACCAUUGGCACAGUCAACUGCAGGGCAGUAUGGGUUACACCAGCAAAAACAACCCGCAAGGAAUAAAUGCAGGGGAAAGUCAGAACACAUGCUCUGUUUGUGAGAAGAGCUUUAGUAGGAGAUCAUCCCUCAACAGACAUCUCAAAAUACACAGCAGUGAGAGACCCUAUAAGUGUUCUACCUGUGGCAAAUGCUUCAUUGAGAAAUCAGCACUCACUGUGCAUAUAAAGAAAAUCCAUAUGCACAAGUCCCAAUCAAAAAAGGAACAUUAUGAAUGUCCCGAGUGUGGAGAGAGCUUUGUUACAAGGACCUCUCUUUCUGAGCAUCAGAGAGCACAUACCAAUGAAACAACCUAUCCAUGUCCUGUCUGUGAGAAAAGUUACAUGGAGGAAAGAUACCUGGUCAGGCAUCUGAUGGGAACCCAUUCAGGAGCAAAUGUCUUUAAAUGCUCUGUAUGUGGAAAAGGGUUCCUAAAAGAGAAAGCUCUUGUUAGGCAUAAUAUGACUCACAUGGAAGACCAAAGCGCUCUCUAUUCUGACAGUGGGAAAAACUGCAGAGAGAAAUCCUUCCUAAUCAAAGAACAGAAACUACAGGGGAGUGAAAUUCCAUGUAAAGGCACUGGUUACAAGAAGAAUUUUAGAGACAACAGAAGUGUUGACAAUCAAAACAUGCAUGCAGAAGGUACACCAGAUCAAAACCUUAACCAUAAAAUGCAUUUUGUGGAGGGGCUGUCCCACAGUAUUUAUCAGCAAAGCACCAUGGAAGAAAGUGCCCAUCUGUGCCAUACUUGUGGGAAAUUUUUCAAGAAUGAGAGGUGUUUUGCUAAUCAUCAGAAAAUGCACAUAAGAGAGCAACAAUAUAAGCAGACAGGCGAAGGGAGCAUCUUCAAGGAAGAAGAACAAGAAGAAGGGUUGCUCACCAGAAAUCAGAUAAUUCAAGUAAAUAUGAAACACAAUGCAUGCUUUGACUGUGGAAAACCCCUUCGCACUGAAACAGAAGGCAAUCCCCAUGAGUGUCCUGAUUGUGGGAAAAUCUUCAGCAACAGCCAGUGUUUUGCUAAUCAUCAGAGAAAACACACAGAAGAGCAAUCUAAAAAUGCCUCUCAGAAACUCUGUAAUGAAAGCAUGUUAUCUGCUAACCAACAGGAAGCUUCCAUGAAAGAGAGAUGCUGUAGGUGUCCUAACUGUGGGAAAGUCUACGCAACUGAUUAUAAUCUGAGAAGGCAUCAGCAGUUUCAUCCAGAGUGCAGCACCAAAGAAGGUUCCAACCAGGUGAGUGGUUCUGCCUGUAGAUGGUCCUUCACAGAGUUUCAGAAGAAUCAUGCUGAAGAACAACAACUUUAUCAGCACAAAUGCUCCUAUUGUGGCAAAGCCUUCAGAGUUAAAAGUGUCCUUUAUAGACAUCAACAAAUCCAUAUAAAAGGUAAGCCCUAUAAAUGCAGUGUUUGUGGGAAAGCAUUUGCUUAUAGGUAUACUCUUGCUCAUCACCAGGAAGUCCAUGUGCAAGAACAAGUAUAUCAACAUAAAUGCACGCUGUGCAGGAAAGCAUUCAGAACGCUUUCAUCCCUCCGCAGGCAUCAGCAACUGCACAUGGGAAGCAAACCCUAUCAGUGUGACAUCUGCGGAAAAGCCUUUUCUUACAGAUACGCCCUCACUCAUCAUCGAGAGAUACACAUAGAAGGACAGUCCCAUAAAUGCCCUUUCUGUUGGAAAGCCUUUCGAACCAAUUACUCUCUCACUAGGCACAAGCGCAUCCACAUGGAGAUCAGGUCGUAUCAAUGCUCCAUCUGUAGGAAAGCAUUUGGAACAAGAUAUUCCCUCUCUAGGCAUCAGGAAAUGCAUAUCAUGGAGAAACCCGGUGACUUGCCCAAUAGUGGGGGAACGCCUGCUGACAGCUCAUACAUGGCUAAAGAUCCAACAAGAAAUAUAGAAGGACUUUCGAAUAAUUGGUCUGACAAUACAACCCACUCUGGGAAUCAGGUGCUGCACAUGGAAGGGAAAAAACCGGAAUGUUCUGAAUGUGUAGGUACUGCCACCUGCACUAAGCAUCACUUAGAAGAAAACGGUAAAGGAUUAGAAUGUAAGAGCACAGUAAAUAACAACUUGAUGCUUCCUAAAGGUCAAGUUAGUCAUGCCAGGGAAUGGUUAGAAAAUUCAGUCUACCCUAGGAAUCAUGGAGGCCACCUGGAAGGAAGAAACCCUGGGUGUUCUGAGAGUGUGGGCAGUUCAGACCUUGCUAAACAUCAGAGCCCCUAUUUAGAGGGAGACACUACUGAAGAAAAUUCCAACAAAUGGACUGACACUUCAGUCUACUCUGGACAUCAAGGAGUCCACGCAGGGGGAAACCCUCUGGAGUGCUCUGAAAAUGGGGGAACCUUCAUAGAUAACGUAACUCUUGCUAAACAUCAGAGUGACCAUGCUGAAGAAAAUUCCAUUAAUGGGUUGGUGGAUAAGGAACCUGUCAAGGACAGCUCAUGUCACACUAGUGAUCACGGGAUUGCCACAGAUGAACAAAGUCAUACAUGCUCUGACUGUGGGAAAUCCUUGAAGCGCAAAUAUUCACUUGAUAGGCACCAAAAAAUGCACUCCCCAGAGAGACCCUAUCAGUGCCAAGUGUGUAAAAAAAGCUUCCACCACCCCAAGGACCUUACAAGGCAUCAGAUAAGCCAUUCAGAUCUUAGACCUUAUCAGUGUACUGAAUGUGGAAAACAGUUUAAGUCAAAAUCAGCUGUUCUUAAACAUCAGAAGGCCCACAAAGGAGAGAAACCUUAUUGCUGUUCUUACUGUGGCAAGAGAGUCACAACAAAUGCAAUUCUUAGUUCUCACCUGAGAAUGCACACAGGAGAAAGGCCAUAUAAAUGUUCAGUGUGUGACAAAGGCUAUUUGACAAAGUGGUCCCUUAAAAAACAUUUGGAAUCACAUUUAAAAACACACUCAUAAGAGGCCCCCUGUAAUGCUGGUCAGCUGGAUCCAUUUUUUAAAUACAACUUACUACAGUCUUUGGAGAUGAAAGGGGACAAUUGCUGAUACUUUAAGAGGGCUGCUGUGGAACUCAACCUAGGAUCUUUCUGAGCUGAAAUGCACCUGCAUCUCCAGGUGACCCCGGUUCUUUAUGUAAGCAAUGGUGAUAAACUACCUCAGAAACUGAAACAUGAACCUAUUAUCUGUUCAGCCUCAAAUCAUUCAGAUGUCUUAGCUCAAGUAAUGGACCUCUAUGCUACCUCUGAUAUAGAGGCUUUUUCCUCCUCCACUGCCUUUUGGCUUAAUUCAUUUUGAAUUUGUGAACCUGACUGGAGAUGCAUGUGUAAUGGGUGGUAAAGGAAAAAAUGAUGGAAAAGAUGAAGUGGCCAUUUUAGCUUGUCAAAAGAUGUGGGUGAUUGUGUAGGGAAGGGGGAACCAUCGCAUAAUUCCU